UUCAUGACAGUCUUCAUCAAUAAUCAUUGGUUACCCGGUUAUUGUGCCAUGCAACCCUAAUAACCCAAAAAUAUAUACAAACGUUUUACAUUGCCAGGGAUCGCAAACAAACAAAUUAAUCAUAAUGACUCUGGCUGUCUGGCAAUGUAGCUAGGUUUCCACUAGGUUCUACAGCCACAAAUAAAAAUAAAAAAAUGUUUUGCUAUUGGUCUUAAUUCAAGGUUAGACAUAAGGCUAUCAGUGUGGUAAAGGUUAAGGUAAAGUCUUAUUUUAAUUAAGGGAAAUUGUAGAAUUAGCAACUAGUGCCGGUCCCGCGCGGAAGCAGGUCUAACAUUUCACGCGAAGUCUCGCGCUGUUCUGGCGGUCGCUGUUUAAUGGCUGUCCUCUUACUCGUAGCGAUGUUUCGAACGGGGAAAAACACAAGGAAACAAUCGGGGUGUGAUAACUGACCGGGAAUUAACACAAACACUGGGGCAUUCCCUCUCCUAAACGGUUUCCGAACGGAUGGACAGUUUGGCAAGCGACAUAAGAUACGAAAGCGACGUAGUGGUUAGCGGGAGAGGAUAGAGCUGCUAACGUUAGCUAGUCAACACAGUUGUCACUGCCGGUGAGGCAAGCCCGGAGCAACCCUGACAAGAGUGGGGUUGAAGAGGGUGGGUGGGAACGCAGACUCUGUUGGACUGGAGCGUGUGACUCUUGGCACCAGAUGCUAACAUGAGUGGACCUGGGCAGGAUAGCGAGCCAGAGGCAAAAGUCCUCCUCAUCAAGCGGCUAUACAGGGCAGUGGUUGAGUCGGUACACAAGCUGGAUGUCAUCAUUGGCAGCAAGUCAUCGUACAGGGAGGUCUUCAAGCCUGAAAACAUCAGCCUUCGCAACAAGUUGAGGGAGCUGUGUGUGAAGCUGAUGUUUCUCCACCCUGUGGACUAUGGUCGCAAGGCUGAGGAGCUUCUGUGGAGGAAGGUCUACUACGAGGUCAUCCAGGUCAUCAAGACCCACAAGAAGCACAUCCACAGUCGCAGUGCCCUGGAGUGUGCCUACAGGACUCACCUGAUAGCCGGCGUGGGCUUCUAUCAGCACCUGCUGCUCUACAUCCAGUCCCACUACCAGCUGGAAAUGCAGGACUGCAUCGACUGGACCCAUGUCACCGACCCCCUCAUCGGUCGGAAGAAGCCGGUAUCAGCCACCCCUAAGGAGAUGGAGUGGGCCCAAAUGGCCUGCCAUCGCUGCCUGGUGUACCUGGGAGAUCUCGCCCGUUACCAGAACGAGUUGGCUGGGGUGGAGGCUGAGCAGCUGUCAGAGCGGUUCUACCACCAGGCCCUGUCAGUCACUCCGCACGUAGGAAUGCCUUUCAAUCAGUUAGGUACACUGGCGGGGAGUAAAUUCUACAACGUGGAGGCCACCUAUUACUACCUACGCUGUAUACAGUCGGAGACUCCCUUCGAGGGGGCCUAUGGGAAUUUGAAGCGUCUGUUUGAUAAAGCUGCUAAGAUGUACCACCAGGUGAAGAAACAGGAGAUGAAGAAGCUGUCUCCCUCACGGCAAAGAUCCAAGGACAUCAAGCAACUUCUGGUGAGCUUCAUGUACCUACAGAGUCUACUGCAGCCCAAGAACAGUCUGCUAGAGACAGAGCUGACCUCUCUGUGUCAGUCGGUGCUGGAGGAUUUUAACCUGGUGCUGUUCUACCUGCCCUCGCCGCCACAUGGCCACGAGGCCACUUCCCCCAGCGAGGAGGAGCUUGAGGAGCACGACUCGCCCUGCGCCCUGCUCCCCGACGCCCUCAUCUUCAAGAUGGUGGUCACCUGCCUCAUGGUGGUGCACAGCCUGAAGCGGGGAGGGUCCAAGCAGUACAGUGCGUCAAUAGCCUUCACGCUGGCCCUCUUCUCCCACCUGGUGAACCAUGUCAACAUCCGUCUGCAGGCUGAGCUGGAGGAGGGGGAGAGCCAGGUGCCCCCACUGCAGACUGACAACACAGACGACUCUGAGUUGAGAGACCCGUCUGACUCGUUGACAUCGGAGGAGAGGCCCCUGCAGAACGGCUCCCUGGACCAUGAGGAGGACGAGGGGGGCCACCGGAGCACUUUGGCCCAGAAAGCAGGCGUCGGUGAGCGGAAGGCGGAGGAGGAGAAACAGAAGCAAAAGAAGUACGCCCGCCUCUCCAUGCUGCGCCGCCGCCGCGCCACCUGCAAAGAAGACGAGAGCGACCUGAGCGAGGGCUUUGAGAGUGAUGAAGAGGAAGAAGAGCAGAGGGGCUGCGACGACUCUGGGGGUGCCUCGUCGGGACCCCCACUCACCCCCGCCAUGCUGGAGAAGGAGAGCAAGAGAGGGAGGGAGCACCCGACAGAGGGGACCUGGGAGAGCGGCUCGGAGGAAGACGAGGAGGGCGGCACGGCCUUCGAUGUGGAGACUGACUCGGACAUGAACAGCCAGGAGUCACGCUCCGACCUGGAGGAUAUAGAGGACUCAGAAACCCCGGAGAACUUGGACACCACUACUCGGGGGGAGCUGCAGCCUGGAGAAGACGAUGAAGAGCAAGCCAAUUCCAGGGAGGACGGCGACGGGGACACCCCUCCAACCACCAAUGGCCCCCUCCUGCACAGCGACCCCAGUAUCAGCAGUAACCUCCAGGCCAUGUCAUCCCAGCUGUUCCAGGCCAAGCGCUGCUUCCGCCUAGCGCCCACCUUCAGCAACGUGCUGCUGAGGCCCCACAGCUCCUCCACCAACCCCACCCCCACCGACCCGGAUGCCUCCUCCACCACCCCCUCCCAGGAGACGCCGCCUCCCCCGGGGGACUCACCCUGCGACGCUGGCCCGGGCACUGCCAACGGAACCAACGACAAUGAGGUGGAUUCCGAUUCAGAGUGUAGCGUGCACAGCAACCAAUCAGUACACAGCGAGAAGACCCUGUCAGAGAGACUGGAGAUUCUGACCAAUCAGGGGCUCAUCCAGGUGGUCAAGGUGUUUGUGGAUUGGCUGAGAACCAACACUGACAUUAUCGUCAUGUGUGCACAGAGUUCUCAGAGCCUAUGGAACAGACUGUCUGUGCUACUCAACCUGCUGCCUGACGGGAACAAGAUGCUGGAAGCAGAGCUGGGUUUGAACACUGAGGUGACGGAGCUGCUGAGUGUGUGUGAGCAGCCUGGCCUGGUCCAGUCCCUGCUGCUGCCUGAGGACCUGGCCCUGCGACACCUACCCGCCCUCAACCUGGCCCACCGCCGCCUCGACUACACCCGCCCCAGACCUUCCCUCAGCCCCGUACAGGAGUGUGUGGUGCGCGUGUGCUGCAUCCGCAGCUUUGGCCACUUCCUCACUAAUCUCCAAUGCAAUGUGCUGCACUUCAACCCGGAGGCGGGCAUCUUCACCAGCAUCACCCAAUCGGAGCAGGAAAACCUGGUGCAGCAGGCCAAGGCCCAGAUCCGCAUGGCAGAGGAGGAGGCUCGACGAAAUCGCUUGAUGAGAGACAUGGCUCAGCUCCGACUACAGUUGGAGGUGUCUCAGCUAGAGGGCAGUCUGCAACAGCCCAAGACCCAGUCAUCCAUGUCUCCGUACCUGGUACCCGACUCUGCCGCCCUGUGCCAGCACCUCAACCUCCUCAGACAUCUGGCUGGCAGUGGCUGCUUCAUCAUCAUCAUUCCCCGCACAGUGAUUGAUGGCCUUGACCACCUGAAGAAGGAGAAUGCCGGAGCGAGAGACGGUAUCCGCUUCCUGGAGUCUGAGUUCCGUAAAGGCAACAGGUACAUACGUUGCCAGAAGGAGUCAGGGCGGAGUUUUGAGAGGGACAAACUGAAACGCCAGGACAUGGAAGCCUGGCAUCUAUACAAGACGGUGGACAGCUGUCGUCAGCUGACCGUCUCCCAGAGCAACGGAGACGAAGACACAGCUGGCAUGGUCACUAUUCUCACCGGUCACUCAGUGGAGGAUCUGUGUACCCGCUCUGUACCCAUGAAGUCGGCCGUCCAGGCAGUGGCAACAGCAGGCAUGGAGCUGAAGAACAUUGUGGAGUUUUACCGUCAGUGGAAGGAGAUUGGCUGAGAGCUUCGGGGGCGAGGUCGGCACGGCGGACAGCUGAUCACACACUCACUCCCUCUCUCUCUCCCACUCUGUUGCUCUGUCUGUAUCUGCGUCUCCAAGGAAAAUCAACUCUCGGAAAGAAAGAAGGGGGAUGUAAAACAGUUGAAGGAAAGAAAAGGCGAGACACAUGGGCAAAGGGGGCAAUAAGAAACAGCAGAAGACCCCCAAACAUAAAGAAGUGAUCCCAAAGGUCGGGGUGAGAAUUAAGUGGGGACGCUACGCACUUAAAGUGACCCUGGUUCACAUCAUAACCAGGCAUAUACUGUAUACGAUAGAAAUGAGUACAUUACGUGUCGAGAGAGAACCACUCAUACACAUUCACGCUCAGUUAAAUCCAUUGGUUUAGAUGUGUAGAGCAGUGUUUCCAGUUUCCUCCUUUCCCUCUAUUUGUGUUGUGAAGGUGGGACUAUGUCAGCCCUAUGGCUGGCUGGGUCUGGUCUGCUAAGGCAGGGGGGUGUGGAGUAAAUCCCAAAGAGAGAACACAUCUCUAGCGUGCCAAGCGAUGAGCCUCUCGACACAUCGGAGUCUUGGAGCUCGAGGGUUACAAACAGGGGUUCAGGUCAAUGGACGUACACUUCUCCAGGAUUUGUUUCUUUCCUAUCAGUUUUUUUGCGGUGUACUUUUUGUGUCCAGUGACUAAUGUAUUGUUAUCUGUGUAUGAGGAGGAAUAAUAAUGACGGUUUAUGCCCUGCUAUUGUUUUAAUUAGGAUUUUAUUUUUGUACCCAAAUAUACUUUAUUUUGUGUUUUUGUAAGAUGUGCUGAAUACACACAGGAAUGAAAUGCAGGGGGAGGGAUGGGGUUGUCUUAUAUUGUUUCCCUAAACCUGUCUGGUAAUCCUUUCGUUCUCAAGGAAAUAGUCCUGACUUCUGUGUCAUGGUGCCAUUUUAGGAAGAGGUAGACUCGGGUGGGUUUGUGCUGUUGCUAGAUGUUAAGGAGAGCGGGGCCUGCGGUUGUCCCAAUAUGGCGGUGCCAGGUGUUUGUUUUGACCCCUGUGAACUCCUGAUAUAUCCCAUCUACCAUCAUCACUAAAUGUUCCAUCAUGCACAGUGCAAAGGAACUCGGUAAUUGUGUGGCCACGCAUUGAACAAUAAAAUGAACUCAUUUUAAAA